AACAUUAAAAGGGCCACAAGGAAUAUGACAGCAGUGAUCAUAAACACGUGCUUAACAUGCACAAAUGGCAAAUCUUUCCAAUUGGAUCCUCUCCAAUUUAGUCUUUGUAAAUGUAGGGUAUACUUGUAAAAAAAAUUUAAGGACAAUUAUGCCCCUGCAAUAACAAGGACGGGAGGGAGUGCAGCUAUAAAGACAGUAAUCUUUGUGAGCUAAUUUUCAUGCCAAUUUCUCUCAACACUACUACAAUGGUUAUUACCACUCACUACACAAAAAACCCAUCAAGGGAUGGAGAUCAAGAAGCAGCAGCAGAAGAGGAAAAGCUAAGCCAAGAAUGCAAGGAACUUCUUCUUUCUCUUCCCAAAGAGAAAGGAUGGAGAACCCUUCAUCUCUACAAGUUCCAAGAAUUUUGGUGCCAGCCAACCGAAAUCCAGUCCAUAAUCGCCUUCCAAAGGCACUUCCAAGCAAGUGACACUGAUGUAGUAUUGGCCACCAUACCAAAAUCAGGCACCACAUGGCUGAAAGCCUUGGCUUUUGCUGUUGUGAAUCGCAGGCGUUUUGCUGUUGUGUCAAACAGCCAUCCUUUGCUUUCAUCCAACCCACAUGAUCUUGUACCUUUCUUUGAGUACAUGCUUUAUGCCAAUGGCCAGAUUCCUGAUCUUUCAAAACUUCCACAGCCUAGACUUUUUGGCACCCAUAUUCCAUAUGCUUCAUUACCUAAUUCCAUCAAGAAAUCUGAUUGCAGGGUUGUUUACAUCUGCAGAAACCCAUUUGACACUUUCAUCUCCACCUGGCAUUACAUGAAGAAACUUCGGCCGGGAUCUCAAGCCCCAAUGUUAGUAGAUGAAGCCUUUGAAAUGUACUGCAAGGGGAUUAUAGGGUUUGGACCCUUUUGGGAGCAUAUGUUGGGGUACUGGAAGGAGAGCAUAGAGAGACCUCACAAGGUGUUGUUCUUCAAGUAUGAGGACCUGAAAGAAGACAUCACUUUUCAGUUGAAAAAAUUAGCAGAGUUUCUGGGGAUCCCAUUUUCUUUGGAGGAGGAGAGAAGUGGUGUGAUUGAAAAGAUUGCAAAGCUGUGCAGCUUUGAGAAUCUGAAGGAGUUGGAGAUAAACAAAUCUGGCAAGUCAAUUAAGAACUUUGAAAACAAAGAUUUAUUUAGGAAGGGUGAGGUGGGAGACUGGGUGAACUAUCUGUCACCAACUAUGGUGGAGCAGUUAACCAAACUCUUGGAGGACAAGUUAGGUGGUUCUGGUUUGUCAUUCAAGCUACUCUCUUAGGACAACCAAUAAAUGUUGGUAGCUUGUGCCAUUUGCAUGGUUAGGUGAGUGUAUGGAUAGAAAGGUGAAGACAUCAUUCGAAUAAAAGUUGCCAGCUUUUUAUUUUUUAUUUUAUUAUUAUUAUUAUUAUUAUCGGUCUUCAAGGGAUUGAGAUUAGGUGCAAUA